GCGCUGCAUCAGCUCUUUAUAUAGCUGUAACUUAGUAUUCAAGAGUCUGACUCACUUGAUCUGUGAAAAUCAGCAAGUUUGUGCGACUUUUGAGGUGUUAAGAAGACGCGUUUCCAGCAGGAAGCUGUGGCCUCUAUAUGAUAUAAACACUGACGAUACAGCCCCUCAACCAGCCAGUGAGACAGUAAGCAGCCAAGCAGCAUGGCAAUAACAACUCUCUGUGCUGUCGUUGCCGCUCUGAGAGUCCUUCCCAACAGAUCCCAGUUCUUUCAGUACGAGUCUGUCUCUCUGAGCUGUGGGAAACAGGGAAUCUCUUCUGAGUGGAGCGUUAAGAGGAACACAUCCAAAGACACAAAUGAAGAGUGUCUCAAAUUCUGGGGAAGAAAAAAUUAUUUCCACUGCUUCACAGCUGACCUUUACCCUACAGACACUGGAGUGUACUGGUGUGAGUUUGCAGCAGGAGAGCGCAGUGAAGCCGUCAGCAUCACAGUGACCAGUGGCACUGUGAUCCUGGACAGUCCUGUCCUUCCUGUGAUGGAGGGAGACGAUGUGACUCUGAGCUGCAGAAACAAGAACACCUCCAACCUCAUAGCUGAUUUCUAUAAAGAUGGGCGUCUCAUCAGGAGCAGCUCUACAGGAAACAUGACCAUCCACUCUGUCUCUAAAUCUGAUGAAGGACUCUACAAGUGCAACAUCUCUGGAACUGGAUCACCAGACAGCUGGCUGACUGUCAGAGGACAUCCUGAGCCGCCUAAAUUCUCUCUCGAACACAUUCUACUUCCUGUGGUGGUGGUGAGCCUCUUAUUGAUCUCAGUGAUGCUGCUCUGCCUCUGGAGAAGCCACAAAGGUAAAACUGACCCUGAUGUCUCCUACACUGAUGUGAUUGUCACACAGGAAGAGCAGCCAAACAGAAUCAGAGAUAGAAAAGCUGCACUGACCUUCUACACUAAAGUGAAAGCAGGAAACCACUGACAGGAAACUGCAGCACCAGUACUGUAAAAAAAGUGAAGAAAGUUUGUCAUGUGCUUUUAUUGGAAACAGAAAUUCUCAGUUUCAUUGUGUAAAUAUCCAGAAACGGAGAUUAUCUGUUUUUGGAGUCGCCCCAACUAACUCGUGACGAGACACUGAGUUUCUUUACAGAUAUUUAAAUAAUGAUGUUUGAAUCCAGCAGAUGACUGUAAGUCUAAUAUUCAGCUCCUGAGAAAAAUGUCUGUCUGGUGCUGGACAGGUGGUGCAGUUCGGAUCUAGAAAACAAACAAUGAUCCAGAGUAGACGUAAACUGUCCACACAGCUGACGUUGUCUGUGGAGACCAACCCGUUCUCACAAACCAAACAAAUAAAAACACUCAUUGUUGACUUUUUGGUUGAAAGUCCAGUUUUCAUCCACGCCAAACACCUCCUUACUCAGACUUUAUUGUUACAAAUUAUAGACCGCUACGGGGCUCUAUGGUGCGUUACAGAGAUCUUGAUUAUAUGUGACGACUUGGGAGUGAGAACGGGUUGUAUUAUUUCGUCACUCUGAGUAACACCUUCUCAGGAUCAGUCGUCAUUUGAUAUAUUUAUAGAAACAUAAUUAAGGUGCAGCUUUAAAUCAAAUGGCUUUCGAUGAUUAAUAAUCAUUGGGUGUAGGAAAUUCCUUCGCUUGACAUCAGAAAUAUUUCUGAACACAAAGUAUGAAAUGUGUUUUGGAAAUCUGUCUUUAAUAAAG